AUGGCCAAUACCGCCCAGCAACCCACGGCUAGUUGGUCCGACGCCUUCCCCGCCCCCCGUAUCACUCCGCCCGCCAUAUCACGCGAUGAGGUCUUGUCAGACCUCUCGUCUCCCGAUCUCCUCAUCGUAGACGUGCGACGCACCGACUAUGAAGGUGGCACUAUAAAAGGAAGCAUCAACCUGCCUGCACAGUCGUUUUACCUGAACAGGGGUGUCUUCUACGAUCUGUGCAAGCGCGCGGGCGUCACCAGAGUUGCUUUUUACUGCGGGUCAUGCAACGGAAGAGGGCCAAGAUGCUCAGGCUGGUUCGCAGAUUACAUUGCCGAAAAGGGCGAUGACAAAAUCAAGUCGUUGACAUUGGCUGGUGGCAUCAAAGGGUGGGUCAAGGCUGGCGAAGCUUUUACGCAGAACAUGGACGCCUUCGAACCAGAGUAUUGGAAGCAAUUCGACUGA